GUUAAACAAUAUUGUGGUUUACAACUUGAAUGGUUUUGUUGUUUAACUUGCUCUCUAUUCAGAAAAAGAUGAGUGUCCAAUGCUGGAGUCAGUGCGGAGUUUGUCGGAGGUAGAGGGAGGUCCUGGCUUCGAGUAAUCGGCGACUGUACCUUUAAGACGCUCCAGCCAGUGUUGGUUUUAUUUGCCGUUCUGCUUCAUCAUCAGACGAUGCUCCCUGCACCGCUCAGCACCGAGGACAUCCUGGACAGGCGAGGUCAUGGUCACAGACAAGAAAUAGAAAUGACACAGAUGACAGAGACCCUCCACAGACUCCGUGUGUGACUGUUCUAACCCUAACCCUCUCUGGCUGAAUUCCACUACUGAGCAGCUAUGGCAGCUUGUCCAAAAACGUGCACCCCAGUCGUGCGCUUCUGUGAGAAACUGAAACGGCUCAAGACACUCGACGAUGAUAUGAUGGCCACAUCUCUAAAACGCUGCCUGUCCACUGUGGACCUUACUCUGCUGGGAGUGGGGGGCAUGGUGGGUUCAGGGCUGUACGUCCUAACAGGGACUGUGGCCAAAGACUUGGUCGGCCCUGCUGUCGUCCUUUCAUUUCUGUUUGCAGGAUUUGCGUCUUUACUGGCCGCCUUUUGUUAUGCAGAGUUUGGGGCACGAAUUCCCAAAACUGGAUCUGCUUACAUGUUCACAUAUGUUUCUGUGGGAGAAAUCUGGGCUUUUCUCAUUGGUUGGAAUGUGAUUCUGGAGAACAUGAUUGGUGGUGCUGCUACAGCUCGUGCUUGGAGUGGCUAUCUGGACUCCAUUUUUGACCAUGCCAUUCAGAACUUCACAGAGACACAUGUCAUGCAGUGGAAGGUGCCCUUUCUCGCCCACUACCCUGACCUUCUUGCUGCUGGAAUCCUAGUAUUGGCCUCAGUCUUUAUUUCCUUUGGAGUUCAAGUCUCCUCUUACCUUAACCAUAUAUUCACAACCAUUAGCAUGUGUGUCAUCAUUUUCUUAUUAAUUUUUGGCUUUAUGUUGGCUGAUCCUUCCAACUGGAGCCUUAAAGAAGGAGGCUUUGCACCGUUUGGAAUUUCUGGAAUACUGGCAGGUUCUGCCACAUGCUUCUAUGCCUUUGUUGGCUUUGAUGUGAUAGCGUCCUCUAGUGAAGAGGCCAAAAAUCCACAGAAGGCAGUUCCCAUUGCCACGGCAGUCUCCCUCGGACUGGCAGCGGCAGCAUACAUCCUGGUCUCCACCGUGCUGACGCUCAUGGUCCCCUGGUAUUCGCUAGACCCCAACUCUGCUCUGUCUGAUGCCUUUUUUCGUCGUGGUUACAGUUGGGCUGGAAUAAUUGUGGCCAUAGGGUCCAUCUGCGCCAUGAACACAGUGCUGCUCUGUAAUCUCUUCUCCCUCCCUCGGAUCGUCUAUGCAAUGUCAGAGGAUGGAUUGUUUUUCUCCAUUUUUGCAAGAGUCAAUCCCGUCACUAAAGUCCCUGUCAAUGCUAUAUUGGUGUUUGGAAUCCUCAUGGCCAUCAUGGCCCUCAUUUUUGACCUGGAGGCCUUGAUUCAGUUCUUGUCCAUCGGCACUCUUCUAGCCUACACCCUUGUGGCAGCAAGCGUAAUUGUGUUGCGCUUCCAGCCUGAAAAGUCCAACUCCAAAGGAACUCCUUCUUUGUCUCCAAACCCUAAUGCUGAAGCGUCCCCUGUCCCCUCAGAGUCCCAGACUAUAACAGAGGACAGUGCAGACCUGAAGCAGUACGAGUCCUUUUCAGACAAACUCCAGUUGGUGGACAGACAGACGACACAAGAGCACCGUGGGGUGGGGCAGCUGAAGGCCUUCUGGGAGCCGUACCUCGACAGGUUAUUUGGGGAUUGUGUGCCGGGGGAGGUGGUGGCCUACUGUGUGAUGACUCUGAUAGUGAGCGCAGUCUCUUUCUGUGCCGUGUUGGAAUUUGGUACCAAAAAUCUGCAGCUGCCUCUCUGGAGUUUCACCUUGCUACUGGUGAUUUUCAGCUUAGCUUUUGUGCUCAGCUUGGCUCUCAUCUGGGUCCACGAGCCACAGGCCAACAGCAAAACAUUCCAGGUACCUUUGGUUCCAUUUACUCCAGGGCUCAGUAUUCUCAUCAAUGUGUUCCUCAUGAUGAAGCUCAGCCUCUUAACCUGGAUUCGAUUCACUGUCUGGAUUGGAGUUGGUAAGAGCACAGCUCUCUGUUAUCUAUACGCACAAGCAUUCUUUAGGAGUAAUUGAUGCAUCAGUGUGUAGUCUUGUUGAUCAUCAAGCUGUUGUCCAUGGUUUGUUGCUGAUACACA